AUGGCUUCCGAUCCCCUCGAAGAAGAUAAAAACUCGUCUGCGGGCUCAGCGGAACCCCAGAAACCCCAUGAUAAGCGUAGUGCCUCAAUUUCGUCAGAAAAUGUUGAUUCCACUGAUCAAAUUCCUCCUUCCGUUUUGGCCAUUUCCAACUUACGGUGUCCAUCUCCUCCACCAAUUCUUAAUACCUCCAACCGUCCUAGCUUGCGGACUCCGCUGGGCUCACAGGCUGCCUCGCCAAGCCUCCUGGCUACAACUAGAGAAACUGUUCCUGCUGGAGGCGCUGUGCUCAAACGGAAGGAAACAGAAACGAAAAAAGAACCGGUUGCUUUUGUCACUGGUGGAUCACAGGCUCCUUCUAACGAGUCCACUUCAUCAAUCAACCAUAUCUUGAAUCCCCCUGAAUCAUCCGCUCAUCACAAAUCUCCUUCUGUCCAUGCCCAUUUCUACGUUGAUGAAACCAUGCGGCCAGGAAAGGUAAUUCGUUCUCGCUCAGGAUCAACUAACAGUCCUGAAAGACUGAGUGCAACCUCCCCCUUGGGUUCGACCACAGCACCCGUUCAAUCCUCUAUAGACAAACUCGCAGAAACAUCCACCACGCUCUCUCCUCCUCCAACAGAGCAAAAUGCAAAUAUAGAUCCACGACUUCCACAAGAAGAUGGUAAGCUCCAUAUUCUCAUUGGAGUGUGUGGUGCUUUGUCCACCAUAAAGGUCAAGCUCAUAAUCCUGAAGUUAUACGAGAUCUACACCCCCAACAAAAUAUCUAUUCAGCUAAUUCUCACCAAAUCAAGUGAGAACUUUCUUCCACAAGAAGUGCAAAAUUAUCUAGAGAACACCAAGAAAAUCCGCAUUUGGAGAGACGAAGAUGAGUGGACCACAUGGAAAACUCGACUGGACCCAGUCUUGCACAUCGAGCUUCGCAGGUGGGCUGAUAUCUUGGUGGUUUGUCCACUCACCGCCAAUACUCUUUCAAAGAUAUCCAUGGGGUUGUGUGACAAUUUGCUCACCAAUGUUGUCCGCGCCUGGAAUACAUCAUUCCCUAUAUUACUAGCUCCAGCGAUGGUCAGUUACUCGUACAAUGCCAUCACCACAAAGCGACAAUUAAAGUUGAUUGCUGAGGAAAUGCCGUGGAUAGAGAUCUUGAAACCUGUGGAGAAAGUUGUUGGAAGUUAUGGUGAUAUUGGUAUGGGAGGUAUGAUGGACUGGAAUGAGGUCGUUAAUAAGAUUGUGAUGAAACUCGGAGGAUAUCCUGAAGAAGAGGAGGAAGAAGAAACUGCCGAUGCCAAUGGAAGUGUCAUUGUAGACGACGAUGAUGAUGAUGAUGACGACGAUGAUGACGACGACGACGACGACGACGACGAUGACGAUGACGAUGACGAUGCAGACGAAACGGGAAGUUCCAGUGAGGAACAAAAAACUUCAAGUGGUUCGCAUCCAGACUUGUCUGACAAAGUUGGCCUGCUAAAGUUGGGGAGCUAG